AUGCCUUCCAAUGAGACGGCUUUCCCAAUUCGAUAUUCGGACCCUGAAUAUCAGCAAACACAUCGAAAUUUGUUCUCUACCGCACUACUUCAACCGCUACAGGAAGUGCUCCCACCGGGUGUUGACAAAAGCUCCUUCGAGACUGCUGUCAGCGAAAUCCGAGGUGUUGUGGGAGAUGAUCAAGUGAUCUUAGGCAACGGCCUCGAGGAAUAUGUUGACCCUUAUGAACUAUGGGAGUACGAAGGGAAACGAAAAAUGCCUAGCUGUGCUAUAUGCCCGGCUUCAGUCGAUGAGCUUCGCGGAGUUCUUGCCAUCGUAAAUCGUUUCGCAAUCCCCGUAUGGACAUUUUCAAGGGGUAAAAACCUUGGGUAUGGCGGACCUGCACCGAGAUUGAACGGCUCUGCCGCCCUGGAUCUUCAUCGUAUGAACAAAGUCAUCGAAGUCAAUGAGGAGUUCUCUUAUGCGGUAGUUGAGCCCGGUGUGACAUUCACCGACCUUUAUCUAUAUUGUGCAUCAAAGAAACUUCGAGUCUGGCCAAGUGUACCCUCCCUAGGGUGGGGUAGCGUGGUGGGAAAUACUGUCGACCGUGGGACAGGCUUCACACCCACCGCAACACACCAUCAGAAUAUCUGUGGACUUGAGGUCAUGCUUGCUGAUGGCGAUAUCGUUAGGACCGGGCAAUUUGCGAUAUCCAACUCCCCAUCGGCCCAUUUGUCGAAGUUCUCCUUUGGUCCAUCGAUUGAAGGGCUAUUUCUCCAGAGCAAUCUUGGCAUUGUCACUAAAAUGGGUAUAUGGCUACAUCCGCAACCACAAGCGUACAUGUCUUGUUCAUUCGAUAUGCCGGAUUUCGAAGAUGUGGAGACCAUAGUUGACAUCUUUGGACAGUUCAGAAGAGACGGGCUCCUCCCAAGUACAGUUUAUGUCUCGAACAUCGUGGAGUGGCUAGGCAUGUUGGGGAAACGUUCUGAGCUGUGGCCGAAUGAAGGACCUAUUCCGGAGGGGAGGUUGCGCGAACUUCAGCAACAACUCAAUCUAGGCUACUGGAAUGUCAAGUUUGGUCUCUAUGGAGCACCAGCAGUCAUCCAGGCCCACUUUGAGGAGUUGAAGCGGGUAAUCGGUAAGAAAGCACCGGCGUCGGCGCAUCGCCUGCAAGGCCAUCUCUUCUCUGGAGAGAAUGAAUCGCUGUUAGAAGCUACAUCCGUACCCGAUCCUCAUGGUGGAUUCUUUGUUGGAGUUCCAAGCUUAUGGAGUCUCCCUAUGGUGAAAUACCGCCUACCAACGCAGCAAGCAGGUGUUGGCGCCCAUGCCGACUACUCUCCUAUCAUUCCCUCAUCGGGGAAGGCGAUCCUGGAAUGGGCCCGUACAGCGAGAAGAGUAUGCGAGAAGGAGAAAUUCGAUCUCUUUUGUGACUUUUUCAUGCAUGAAAGGCACGUGAUAUUCGUGAAUAUGAUGGUUUUUGACAAAACAAAUGCCGAGCAUCGGUACGCGGUCGAUAAGACGUUUCGAGCAUUGUAUCGAGAGGGCCGCCAGAGGGGAUUUAGCAAAUACCGUUCACAUAUAAACUAUAUGGAUCUUGUCGCUGAUGCUUACGAGUUCAACGACCAUGCAUAUCGGCGAUUCGUCGAGAAGUUGAAGGAUACUCUUGAUCCAAACGGGAUAUUAUCUCCCGGUAAGCAGGGAAUAUGGCCAGAAAGAUAUCGCCAAUUUAGGGAACGACUGUAA